AUGUCUGGAUCAUCCGACGACGCGAUCAUUGAAUCCUCAGAAGGCGUUCGCUUCACGGUGAACCGACAACUCCUCUGCUACGCCUCGCCAGUUUUCAAAGACAUGUACGAAAUAGCACCCUCAUUCAGCUCAGUCAAGCAGGCCGUCAAGCUGUCAGAGUCUGCGGCCGUUCUCCGCAUGCUCUUGGCCUACCUGGAUCCAAAGAUGUCUUCACCUCCAACACUCCCCAUAGGAACACUCUGGGAGUGCAUUGAAGCGUCGAAAAAGUACCAUAUCACCGCACUCAUCUCCCGCUUUCGCGCUAUCCUCACUUCGCCGACCAUUCUGCACGGCGACCGGCCUAUCAACCUAAUCAUCCUUAAUCCACUCCCGGUCGCUGUACUGGCGCACGCAUUUGAGUUUACUGAAGAGCUCCGCAUGGCACUGCGCGAGCUAGCCCGGUGUCAUAUAAACGUUCUGAUGCGAAACAAGCAAGGAUGCACGCUUCCUAGCGUGUUAUUCCAGUAUAUUCUCCAACUACGGCGCUCACGAGCCAUAUGGCUCAAGGCAAAGGCAAAGUCACUCCUCUAUCUCCCUGCAGCUACACCUCCCCAGGGCAAAUUGUUGGCCUUGAGGAGUGGAAGCACUUGCCCGUACUGCAUAAGGUUCCGAGCGGAACAUCUUCACGAGGCGUGCAUCAAGAUUGACGAUCAACCUUCGUGGGAUACAUUUCGAGCGGAGAUGAUCCAGCGCAUCGUCAAGUGCACGUGUGAUGCACCGACGAUUCCGUGGGAGGGAACUAGUGAGACCUUUAAUCGGGAAUGGCACAAGUGGGAGAACGACACAAGGGCAUUAGAAGUUGCUCUUCCGGACUGGCCACUGCCAAAGGCCGAGGCGACUAGUGAUGGAGAUGCAUGA